UGUUUCGGAACCGCAAAGCUAAAAAAAGGAGAGUAAACCAGACCAAUCGUCUUCCUCGUUCGAGUUCCCCCACGCCAGAUGCGCGGUCAGUUUGCACACUGGACAUGUCGAUGCUCUUUAUAUUGCUCUGUCUGCAUUGCUCGAAACCGCUGUCCCCCUCACUUCCUCGUUCGAGCUAGUCUUUCGUGCGUUCCCGGUCACGCCGUUGCAGCGCCGUCCUCGAUCGGCCCCCCCAUCUCUCGUCGCUUCCCUCUGUUCGGAAUUCCAAUAUCUUCCUUCCUUCCUUCCUUCCUUCCUCGCUAGGAGGAACCUCCGGGAUUCAUGUGCUUGCGGUGAAGAUUCGACCGCCGCGCGUGAAGUUUGGGAGUGCAUCUCGUUGGGCAUAUGAUGCGUUGUUGCUCCUUGGGAGCUCGAGUGCAGCAGUGGCUUCGUGAUUACGACAGACUUCAGGGCUUGGCCGUCAUUUUCAUUUACAUCCAGAUUGCUUGUGCGCUGAUCGGGUCCCUGGGGGCAUUGUACAAUGGGGUGUUGCUCAUAAAUUUGGCGAUUGCGCUCUUCGCGCUUGUCGCGAUUGAAAGUAGCAGCCAGAGUCUGGGCCGAACCUACGCCGUGCUUCUCGUCUGUGCCAUCCUCCUUGAUGUCCUCUGGUUUAUACUCUUCACCCACGAUAUAUGGAACAUCUCAUCUGAAAGUUAUGGCGUGUUUGUAAUCUUUUCAGUGAGGCUUACCCUGGCGAUGCAAAUUGUUGGGUUUUCUGUGAGGCUAUCUUCCUCAUUCAUAUGGAUCCAGAUUUACAGGCUAGGGGUUUCAUCUUCAGAAACUGUGGCUUCUCAAGAGCCAGAUUUUGAUUUGAGAAAUAGCUUUCUAAGUCCCGUGACUCCUGCAGCAGUUGGACGAUUGUCAGAUUCUGACGAUGUCUUAGGAGGCUCCAUAUAUGAUCCUGCUUAUUUUUCAUCUCUUUUUGAAGAUAGGCGAGAUAAUGGAUUCUCACAUGGGGUGAAGUGUUUUUUGACAAACUUUAUUGCUUGUUUUUCUCUCUAUCACAUGCGCACUCUCUCUCUCUCUGCUUGGAUGCUUCUAUGUGAGAUGUCUGUUGCAUUUCUCUGGAUCGACAAAGGCUGUUCGUGCAUGAAGUUAUUGUUGACUUAUUGCUUUCCAAGAGAAAUAUUUGCUGGCUUGGAAAAAUUUCCAUGGUUAGAAAUCUCUAUGUUGUCUUCUGUCUACUGGAAUGCUCUUAAUCCGCAAUUCUUGAUGACAUGUUGUGCUGGAUCAUCAAUGUUUGUACACUUAGAUUUGGUGAUUGGCACUGUUGCUGAUGGAGCAGAAAUUGUGGGUCUCUACACUUCUCUGAACUCUCUCUAUGGAUUUUUCAUCGUUCUGAUUCUGGGGAUCAGUAUACUGAACGCUAUGCUCCUACUUCACUUCAUAGAGUUUGAAAUGUUGUGGAUUAUUUUGUGGAAUUGUCUUAAUAACUGUGUUUUGCCAUAUCGUCAACUACCUACAUUGUCAGCCUGAGGCCAUGUUUUAACUGUGCGCAUGUGCGGGUGUGCAUGUGCAUGCCUACCUGUGUGUAAUCUUUGUGAACCUGGUAUGUGGUAACUUCUUAUAGUUGUUUACCCUUCUGAAGGACAGAAAUUAUUGUUACUCAGCCAUGAAUGUUUUAUUUUGAAUUUCGAUGUUUUGAAAGGUACAUAUUGUCCGAGUAUGUUGUGAAUGAAGAUUGUUUUACAGGUUGAAAGUUUAACCAACAAGCCCCAGAAUGAUAGCUCAUUAAUCAAGACGUGACAUGCUCAGAGUUCGUUUAUCAGCUGUCAAUCCCCAAAUACCUUGACAUUCUCUGGGCUUGUUCAGUGCAGUCACGCCGUGCAAAAGAGUGGCCCUCAUGUGAUUACCAAUUUGUAGCCAAAUUCUUUCCCAGAUGGAGCCUAGAACUCAGACUUAAGAUGAUUCAACGUGCAUUUCUAUAUUGAAAUUUUGGGGGUCGCAAUGAAUUUGCUUUUUGAGCAAGAGCUGCUCCAGAGUUUAUGUUGAGCCGGGAAAGCCAAGUGCAGAAACAGAAUGCCUCACAAGCUUACUUGUUACACUCGGAUAUAUAGUGCACUAUGAUUUUCGUUCUCAUUGUUUGCACUUCUUGGAAGUUGAGGUGCCUUCUGCUGUUAGAUGUCCAGUAACUUCUCAUCUUCAACAUGACCUUUGAUGUUCCUAAAACAGAUUGGUUAUUGCUUCUUGUUCAUAUAAUUCUUUCUAUUUCUAGAACUGUGAGGAAGAACAUACAGGCUUGAGAUGUACCUUAAAAAUUUCAUGGUAGAUUUAGUUUCUUCA